AUGAUUUCAUCAUGAGUAUCGUCUUAAAUGGUGCAAGCUUCUCCUUGGAUCCUUUUAUUUAUUUGUCCAUUCUUUUCGUUCGUUAUGCCACAAAUUACUCGAGGUGAAUUGUUCAGACAGAUUUCAGGUGGGUCUUUUAAUGCCUGCGACAGUGAAUUAAAUGGCUGUACUCCUGGCGGCAAUGAACACUUUAACCUUUUGCACCGAACCAAGAUCAAUGAAAUGACUCUAUGGCACGAAGCUGCAAAUCUUGUCAAUGAGCCAUAUGGCUGCCAUAAGAUGUUAGCUACCAAAAUGUGAG